UACCCCCACCACUUGACCCACCUGGUCGAACCACCACCUGACUGGAUCCCACCGAAUAUCUGCGGGUCUCACUUAACACGUUCGGCACGACGCUUGCUCCACGCCUGAGAGGCUUUCAACAACGAGAAGAGCGAAUCUACGGAUCGAUGAUAGAUAUGCUAAUUGUUUUUUUUCACUUAUGAAUGAGUUAAAAAUGCUUAUAACUUGAGACAGAAACAAUAUAAAAGCAUAGAUAAUACUUAAGACUUAGAAUGCGAUAAUCCACAUUUGUGGAUUACUUAUUUUUAAUAGUGCUCAAUUUUUUAAUCAUCGCGGGAAAAUGCCAGCUGUAUUUGUGUUUUGAUGUACAAAUGAUGCGAAAGGCACGGUUAUUUACUUGAGCGUUCGAUAGGUUAGGUAAAGCAAUUUGUAAGCGUAUUUCCAAUCGUAUUGCGACAGAUGUUCAAAAUUUUACAAAAUAAGAUCAAAUCAUAAAAAUUCUCAUUAUCUAGCUUCAAACUAAUUUACAUAGCAAUGUAAUAAAUAACCAAGAAAGAGACGAUAAACCAUCCAAGGAAUCGAAUAUAUGAAAUUACUACUUACUUGUAGUUUUCUAUUUUAAUUCCGAAUUUGAAUUUGCCGAAAGAUGGUAUUUGAGAUAUUUUGUAUAAAAAAAACUUUCUACAUGUGACAUAUUACAAGAACCUAAAAGCGUUCUGCAACCGUUACGUCGUUGGAGCCCAUUGCUUGGCAACCGGAAAUAUCAACAGAAGCAACUAUUCCACGCCGUACAUCUGCCUCAGUUACGCGGGGUGGCAGAUGUCUCUCUCAGAUGUCGGCGUUUAAUGUCAUCGAGGAUUGUAACUGGAGUGUUGCUCGCCCCUGCAUGGAUCUCCGUGAUCGACGACACCGAUCACGAAGACGCCGACGUCUUCCGCAAAACUGACAGCUCCUCCUUAAAACUACCUCUUAUGAAUCUGUCGUAAAAAAAUAAGCAUCAUCAACGAACAGAAUCGCCAAAGAUCAGACUUCAAAAUGAUGGGUAGACCAGGCACAAUGGCUCAGGACGAGCUGGAGAUGGAGACCAUGGCAGAGGCCGAGCUCUCGAGGCUGAAGAGGCAGUACAGGAUCAUGGAGAAUGAUCGGGCGGCAUGUGCGGAGGACGCGAGAUUACAGCUACACAAUCAGCAAAACAUGAUCGAUCGUCUGGAAUACGAGAAGGCCGAGCUCGUACUGGCGAUCAAAACCGCGAGAUCGAAAGCAUUCACGCGCAAAGACGACGAGAUGGAUAAAAAGCUGAGGUGUCUACUAGCGAAGCGCGCCAAGUACAUCGAAUUAAUAGAACACGAGAAGCAACAGAUAGCCGAGCUCGACGAGCAGAUCGGCAAGCUUUCGAAGGAAGUUACGAGUCUGAAGAUGAAAGUGUGCACGGACACGCAGUCGCGGGAGAUAGCGGUGCGGCACAGCAAGACGAUACAGAUGUUGGAGAACCGAGUGGAGGUAGCCACGAAGAGGUUCAACCUGGUGAUAGCGGAGAAUACCAAGCUGCGCACCGAGAUUGAAACUCUGCUGAAGGAACGGUCGCAGUUCACACUGCUGUGGAACAAGCUGAUUGGUCAGCUGAACACCGGCAAGCAGGUCAUCAACGACCUCAUCGAGCAGGCGACGAUCACGUUUAAUCAGCGCGACGAAGAGCUCAACAAAAUCCAGGCGCUUCGUGAAAGAGGAAUAAGGGACUUGAAGAACCACACGUCAGAGAUGUGCGAGCUAAGGAGAACGUUGGAUAACGAGAUGAAACUGCAAGAGUUCCUCGGUGUGAAAGGACAGUUCCGCGAAAUGACUGAUCUAAAUGCAAAGAAAGAGGCCGAAAGGCAAACUAAGCGAGAAGAGAAGCAGAACAAAAUAGCAGCCUUAACGCAGAUCUUGCAGACAAUCAAGAAAUUCUCUGGCGAGCAAGAAAUCGACAAGCUCACCGCCCACUUUAUCAAGCAAGAGGAGGAGAAUUUCGCGCUCUUCAAUUACGUGAACGAGCUGAACGACGAACUAGAGAGUCUUCAGGCGAGGAUGGAGCAGUUGACGGCUGCUAUUGAUAAAGCACGUGCUUUGAACGUGCAUCGCGACGAGCAGCAGGCCCAGACCUUGGAGAAAAUCACCAAACAAUUGGAAGAACAAACCGCGGUAGCAGACACUGCUGAAGAAGAUCUCGCACAGUGCCACGACGUGAUGGACAAACUAUUGCAGGGGAUCGAUAGUCUCUUCAAGGCGACACGGUGCGACAAUUCGCCGAUUUUAGAAUUGUUGGGCGACAACACUCAAGUGACCAUGAGCAACGUCAUGCUCUAUUUGGGCAUUAUCGAGAAACAAAUCACCGAGAUGUUCCACAAGGUUUACUGGGUGAACAAGGCUAGCAAAGCUCCACAAUUGCGGGUGGACGAGGAGAAGAAGCCCAGGCUGAAAGUACCCGCUCUUACGCGCAUCGCGCCCACCCAACCUUGCGCCCUGUGAGUUCCAUUGCUCCUUUUCCUACAAUCCUUCAUUCUUGACCCGAAUCUUUUCGAACUAUUGAUGAGUAUUCUCGAGAUCCGCAUUUGCACUGAACGUGGCAAUCUAGUUCUCGUUUUAUACUUAAAAUAAUUCAAUCCUUUCAAGAUGAUAAGUAAAAACAGACAUUUCUAGAUGAUAUGAUAACAGUGAACAGAAUCGUAACUAAAAUAUAGAUAGAUUUAUUAAACAAACACAUUUGGCGCUAAAUGCACGUCGAGAAUACGAGCAAUGCCAGCUUCCGAUUACUUUAACAUCUCGCUCGGGUGCAGCUGCGUGGAACAAGAGCAGAUGCAAAUCGUUAAAGAGGGCCUGGACGUACCGUUGACACAUAUCGACGCCGUGCAAAAGUUGCAGCAAAGACUCCAGGACGAUUACUCGGAGCUGCUUCAUAACGUAUCCAUCUGUCACUUACCGGCGGCUAGGAAGAUUAUACAAAAACGUUAUCAAUGAAGGGAAUUAACGACAGUGCGUUUCCUUCGCGGAUUUGCGGUCUGACCUCUCUUUAAUGCCACAAUGAUGUUCAUGAGAUCUACGAUUUAUCUUACAAACCAAUGAUCAGAUCAAACUCAGUAGCUAGAGAGAAAAACAAUAAACAGUAAUAGCAUAGAUAAAUGAUAAAGAAACUUAUUUCAUUUGAAUUUAUUAUGUAUUUU